GCCACAACACUCCCUUCAGUCCCUGCGUCUCAUGCGAUUAUUAUUCUUCUGCGCCUUCGCCCUUUCCCCGAGGCUCGUGAUAUAAUCAAAGGGUCACUCUUCUCACAGAUCUCUAUUCCUCUCGGUCAGUCCCUCCACCUCACCCUCUCUUACCACCACCAUCAACAUGCCUUCCAAUCCAGAAUGGGUCAAGGCUCUCAAGCCUUCUGGCCCUCAGGGCUCAGAGCUCCUUUCGCAAGAACGAGCCAAGUCAAACCUGAAUGUCGACCAGUUGGCAGGCUUUAUGUUUACCAAAGCGAUACUUGAGCGGAACGACCGGAUCUUGAGGAUCUUACAAGCUGAGCCGGUCUUCGACAAAUCCCAGAACUACUUCAGCGGCAGGACAGAAAGAAUCGAAGCAUCGUUGGCAAAGGGAAAGAGACUUCAACAGCUGCAAGUCGAACACAAAUGGUCCAGAGAUGAAUUCAUGGCUGCCAACGAGCUCAUCAGUGAGCCCACUCCCUACGGCCUCCACGCGAGUAUGUUCCUCGUCACAUUACGAGAACAAGGCACUCCCGAACAACACAAAAUCUUCCUCGAAAAGGCCGAAGCCUAUAAGAUCAUCGGUUGUUAUGCCCAGACUGAGCUCGGUCACGGCUCAAAUGUACGAGGUCUGGAGACCACAGCUACCUGGAAUGCGGAUGACAAAAAUUUCACGCUGCACUCUCCUCACUUGACAGCCUCAAAAUGGUGGAUUGGCUCUCUUGGAAAAGCCGCCAAUCACGCCGUCGUCAUGGCACAGCUAUACAUCAAUGGCAAAAACUACGGCCCUCACCCAUUCGUUGUUCAGAUCAGAGACCUAAAAACCCACGAGCCUCUUCCCAACGUCCAUGUGGGUGAUAUUGGCCCCAAGUUCGGCUAUAACACCAUGGAUAAUGGUUUUCUCCUUUUCAAGAAUGUUAAGAUACCCCACAUCAACAUGCUUGCACGAUUUUCCCGAAUCGACCCCAACACCAACAAAUACGUCCGUCCUUCAAAUCCGUCGCUCAUCUAUGGCACUUUGACCUGGGUCCGAAGCAACAUCGUCCUGCAGUCGGGCUCCGUUCUCGCCCGCGGUGUCACAAUCGCGACUCGAUACUGCGCUGUCCGAAGACAGUUUCAAGACCGCGACGCUCCCGCCAACGAGCCAGGCGAGAACCAAGUUCUGAAUUACACCAUGGUGCAAAUCCGACUGCUACCUCUUCUCGCCGCCACUUACGCCCUCCACUUCACCGGCCGGGGCAUGAUUCAACUGUAUGACGAGAACCAAAAGCGCAUGAAGGAUGAUGUGGGCAAGCUCUCUGACGCAAACCGUGCUCCGGGGCCAGAAGAACUCAACCCUGGUACCGAUCUCCUCGCAGACCUUCACGCCACAAGCUGUGCUCUGAAAGCCCUUGCCUCCACGACAGCUGCUGAAGGUCUCGAGGUCUGCCGCCGAGCUUGCGGAGGUCACGGUUACAGUUCAUUCUCAGGUAUUGGCAGUUGGUAUGCCGACUAUCUACCGACCGUCACCUGGGAAGGCGACAACUACAUGUUGACACAACAAGUCAGCCGAUAUCUGCUCAAGUCUGCCCGUGCCGUUCUCAAAGGCAAGGCAGCAGACAACGAUACUACUCGAAUCUUGACGGAAUUUAUCAAACGAAGAGACAUUGGCGCCGCCUUCGACGUGCUUGGCAAUGACGACGAUCUUGUUGCUGCCUUCGCCUGGCGUGUCGCUUUCUUGACCUUUGAGGCUCUCCGACAUCGUGAUGAGGACAAGCAGUCGUGGAAUUCUUUGCUCGUGGACUUCUGGCGGCUAUCCACCGCGCAUGCGCAGUACAUGAUCGUCAAGAACUUCCACCAGGCACUCAACGACUCCAACACCACUAAGCAGCUGGAUCCCGAUACCGUCUCCCUCCUCCACAAACUGUUCCACCUUUACGCUCUGAACACUCUAGAGAGCGAGGCUUCAGAGUUCUACUCUUCCGCUGCUGUGACUGUCCGACAAAUCACGCUUGCUCGCACCAAGGCUGUCAUGAAGCUGCUUGAAGAAAUUCGACCUCACGCUGUCAGACUGGUCGAUGCCUGGAAGUUCCCGGACUGGCAACUCGACAGCUCUCUUGGACGGUAUGACGGGAAGGUCUACGAAGACAUGUUCCACCGGGCGAGCGAGAUCAAUCCUCUGAACGAUAUCACUUUUGAUCCCUACCCGGAUUCGAAGGUGUUGUUCAAGCAGGACAAUCGGGCCAACCUGAGAAGCAAGUUGUAGAUCCUUCACAUGCAGUGCAUUAAGAGGCUUUUUGGUAUAUUGCUGGGCCUAGAAUGAUUAACAGGGGUCUAUAAGAUCUGAAAUGCUUCCAUCUUGUAGAGGCCGCGGAUCUUCGUGUAUGGUAGGCUAGCGGCUUCACGUUAUGUAGAAAGAAAUUCGUUUCUCGCAAGGGUUCAUCUAUC